AUGCAGCUAUAUCUCUUAGUAGUCAUACUUUUAUUCUUCAUUCAUCAUGUAUCAUUAAUACCAAUUGGAACAGAAGAUGAAGCACUCAAAUAUUUAACUCAACUUGGUUAUAAUAAAUUGGUUGAGAUGGAAAAUCCAGAUCUCUUCCCCUUUGGCUUAGAGCAAGUGCUUUUUUGGAUGCAUUCUUAUCAAAAGACAUUUGGUCUGAAAGAAACUGGUACACUUGAUGAGCCAACCAUAGAAUUAUUGAAUACACCAAGAUGUGGCAAUAAAGAUAGCCCUCUAUCAUCAUCAUUGUUAGCGUUAACUAAUUCUAAAUGGAGCAAAAAUCGUUUGAGAUAG